AAACAAAUGUUUCAGUUGUAUGUGAUUUGCAUACUUUAUGUGGAUGAGACGGUGCAUGACAUGAUGAGAGCUGAUUGGGUGAUCAGGUCUAGGAACACGUUAACACCGGACUGUACGCCUCUUUAUGUAUGAACACACACAGGAUGUGACUAUUCAGUCAUUACAUUAGUUAAUGAAAUCAAACUCUUAGCAAGUGUGGGAGUAAAAUUGAAUUUCCUUUUUAUUUGAAUAUAGCAGAUACACUUGACAUUAUUCUGUGACAUAGGGAGGAACAUGCGGAACCUGUCAAGCCUCGCUGUCUCCUGUCGGAUUGUUGUUCCGGGCGGAACGCAAGGCUAUCAUUGACGCACAAAGAUAGCCUCUGUCACAUCGGUCGCCUGAACGCAACUGCCGUAGUAAUAUUUGGUUUGGCCUCGGCCGAGCGACGGACAUAGUUUCCUUUGACUGUAAUGUAACUGCAGUGAACACGUAGGAUGGACGGAGAUGUUUCUGGUCCCUCCCUCCCCCUCUCCGCGCUGCGUCUCCUCAUCCCACCCAUCCGGCUGGUCUCCGCAGCCAUCUGGCAGACGGUGGAGCAGAAGAUCGUGUUGGACUAUGGGCUGCUGGAGGAGUUCGUCUACAUGGUCACGGAGAUGGUUCCUCAACUCCUCUCCACGAGGCAGCGGGCCGAACUCAUUUUGGGUCUCAGAGCGCGGCUGAUCCUGGAGCUGUGUCGCUCCGAGGACACUGCUGAGCUCCAUAUUAUUCAGCCACAUCUGGACCGGAUGCAGAACCUCAGAUCUCUGUGGAAUGUGGAGUCAGAUAAUGCAGAACAAGAACAAUCCGACUCACAAUUCAUGGGCCUUGUCCAAAAUCUGCUGAGAGAUCCUGAGGAGAGAAGAAACUUCUUCCAGGACGUUUUCCCAGGAGACUUUGGCCCCACAUAUGACAAAGCUAUCCAGAGUCUGAUGUGGCUGUUUCUGUCUAGACUCGAAAAGCUUCUUCCCACCCAAACUCUCCAACAGAUUGCAUCUCUGCUCAGCGACGCCUCCUCUGUUCUGAACGAAUGCAUGGAGACGUUUGCUCAACCUCAGGAGUUCAAAGCCCUGCUGGACACUCAGAAAGACCUCGGCCAGUUAGAGGACAUUGAUUCUUUCAUCGUGGACAGUGGCAUCUUGUCAGCCCUGUGUCUCCCUCCUGUGGAAAGAGUUGUGAUCGUCAAUGACCAGACAGAAACAGAUGCAGAGAGCGGACUCAUGUACACUGUGUGCACAGAGAUGGAGGUGGAAUCCGAGAACAAAGAGGUGUACGCGGAGGAAACUGGGAACUCUGCAGCGAGCGUGCAAACCCAGUGGGGUGGUCUCGGCAGCGGGGUGAAAGCAGAAAUGGAUGCCGUGGUGGUCACGGACCCCAUCGAAGGCGCCGAGGCCAGCGAGAGCGAAAUAGCCGACGACCACAACUACGACCAAUCGGGGACGCUGAUGAUCGGGGAGGAUGGCCAGGUGACUGUGCUCGACGGUGCCGAGAAGAAGCCGAACAGGCGCGGGAGGAAAAAGAAACGGCCCGACGACGAAGACUUCCAAGUGCAAGGCGGAGUGAGGGGCAGGCAGGAAGACCCAGAUUUCGACGUCACAUGGGAAAGACCGGUGCGAAAGAAUCGCGGGCUCAAGAUGAAACGCUACCUGUCACAGUGGAGGAGAGCGGGAAAGACACAGGGCAGCAACGCUACCAACAGCAGCCCCAAAAAGUCUGCCGCAUCCCAAGCCCCGACCAAAAGCAACGACUUGGACGAUAGAACGUGCAAGGUGUGUGGCACGGUGGUGAGCCGGGCCAAGUUCCUGGAGCGGCACAUGAACCGACACUCGGAGGAGCUGCCCUUUUCUUGUCCCACGUGUAAAAGGUUUUACAAAAGCUUGCGUUACUUGCAGCAGCACAAAUGUCCGAAUCAGACGAAGGCAAAGCCCGGCAGGAAGGCAAAGGAACAAGAGACUGCAGCAGAUGAGGGCAAACAGUCAUCCGGCGGGAUUCCCGGUGAGGCGACUGUUGAGGGGCAGACCGACGCAGACCAGGACCCUGAUUGCGCGACCUCCGCAGAUGGGCCUUCCAAAGAAUUGGAAGAGAAAAGCCCCGACGGGAACAAAAGCGUGCUCGAAGGUCCGUUCUACUGUCCGCACUGCAGCGUCGAGUUCAAGUGCAAACAGACUUUCAGGUUCCACCUGAGAAACAUCUGCUACAACGAGCAGCAGGUGGAUCCGGAGCAGCCGGAGGACGUGAAGCAUUGUUUCAGGUGCGACGAAUGCGACAAGGCGUUCAAGUACAAGUCCACGCUGGAAUCCCACAAGCAGACGCACAACCCGCUGUACUGCGAGGUGUGCAUGAAGCUGGUGCGCGACCCGGAGGCACUGGCGAUGCACAAGGAGUCGCACACGCCGUUUCAGUGCAACCGGUGCGAGGAGAACUUUCCCGUGUUCAAGGCCCUUCACAAGCACUAUAUCGACUCUCACAACCCCGUCGAGCCGUUCACCUGCACCCACUGCCUGACCACCUUCGCCAGCUUGAAGCGCUUCAUCAGACAUGAGUGGAAGCACACCGGCUACCAGCCGUUCCAGUGUCCCCACUGCACCAAGAGGUUCCGGUCGUACUCCGACCUCGUGGAGCACCAGAAAAAGCACACAAAAGCAUAUCCCUUCCUCUGCUGGGAGUGCGGCAAGAAGUUCCGGCACGGCGUCACGUUGACGAGACACGUGGAGCGCGUGCACCAGUCCGGUGAGCCUGUGUCGGACAAACCCGUGCCGACCUUCACCUGCGCCCAGUGCGGAAAGACCUUCACGUCCCGGAGGUGCCUUCUGAAGCACGACAACUUCCACCACAAAGGGCUGCGUUUCCCUUGCGAGUUCUGCGGCAAGGGCUUCUUCGGGAAGGACGCUUUGGUGAGGCACACCCUGAUUCACACGGGCGAGCGGCCGUUUAAGUGCGACGACUGCGACAAGUCCUUCAGGUCCGCCGCGGAGCUAAAGAUACACCGGAGGUACCAUACGGGGGAGCGGCCUUUCAAGUGCAACGUCUGUGAAAAGGGUUUCGUCCAGUCCUGCUUUCUCACCUUGCACAUGCGCACCCACACAGGAGAGAGACCGUAUGUUUGCACAGUGUGCAGCAAGGGCUUCUCCAGCUUGCAUGGCUUGAAACGACACAGGAGGCUCGUUCACGCGUAGUUAAUGUUAGCGGGGUACUAAUUCGCACAGGGUUGUUCUGUUUGACGGUCUCUUAGUGAAGGUCAGACGUUGCUCGAGGACACUUUCGGCCGUGCGGAUGUUGGCUGAGAAUGGCGAAUUAAAAGCAGGUGUUUCACUAGAAGGACGUUUUCCUCAACAGCCGCGUUGAUGUCACAGCGUGUAUUGUUGGGAACUGUGUAAUUGUAUAGUGCAUUAUAAAAAAAUAACAAAAAAAUGGCACUUUGUAUUUUUUACAGAAGGUUUGCUGUAGCUCUACAUAAGAUUUGUAUGUAUAAACGAUAUAAUCAUUGAUUCCUUUGGGAAUCGACUUCUUUUCUUGAAUAAAUUGGACAUUUGAUUCCAAGUGGCAUUGGAUUUGCUCAGUUGUGACUUUAUUCAUGUGAUUCUAAGGGCAUUGAGUUGCUUUCAGUGUUUGGGGGUUUUGACAGAAAUUCAGGCUUGAUUUGAUGCAUGGAGGAAGCAUUCAAAAACAUGUUUCUACAGUAUAUGCUAACUGCUAAAUGGAUACUGUUUAACAUGAAAUAUAAUGGGAUGGGGUCUAGUAAUGUAACCAUAUAUUAUUAAUAUAUUCAUGCAUAUGAAUGUUGUUGAAAUUGUGGUUAGCAAAUGGUAUAUCUACAAUUGUCAACCACUAGAUGGCCCUUAAUUGGUUUGGGCUAUCAGGAACAGUGGAAGGACUGCAACUGCCUGGUCAGCAAUCUACCAGAACCACAGGUUUUUACAGCCUUCAGGCCUUUUUCCUACUCGACACAUUUUGACACGCCACAGUCGUAAAAUAAUACAAUUGUUGGUGGCUCAUUUUCCAUUGAGCUCCUUCAGUUUCGUGGCCCUGGUAUUGUUCAUUGCUAACUGACUGGAACUCUUCUGUAGUACGGAGCCAUCGUUCAUGUUAUCGGCAACGCCUGUGCUUUUCUUACUCGGGUGCAGUUUUCAGUGAAAAAGCCCAAUUUUCUGCAAAACUUCACUCAUAUACUAGAUAAUAUGCAAGACAGGCUAUUAUUGAAGAAAAAUGUCCAUUCUGUGGCUGGUUUCAGAUGAGUUUUACUCACUGUGCAGUGGAGACAGAAAUUCACAACAAAGCUGUAGAAUUCUCUGACCAGAGAGAGUUCUGGUCUGGAUUAUAUACAGGAUUACAGGAAAUAACAGACGAAAGGUGUGGGUCGGGCUAAGCUUCUCAGGAAGGACAAAGGACAUUGAAACUAUCUGUACCCAAGAUGUGUAUUUGUCUUCAGUCCAGGGAGUGAGUUGGAUCUGAGAACCCAACUCACAGGUCUGUAGUAGUGGGUUUGCAUGGGCUCAGUACAGGUCUGUUUUACAAAAGGUGAUGGAUACAUUAAGGUGUGACCUGUUACAGGGGUUUGUUCAUUUAAAUGUAAAGUAGUUUCUGCCUGCACAGAGG